AUGCAGCAAGAGUUGACCGAGACUUUGGAUCAAGCUUCUCAGACGAACACCUCUCGGUUCUUCUCCCGCUCCUCCUCCCAAUAUGGCUUGCAUCGCCCCCAACCAGGUGGCCUCGAUGACCUCGACGACCUUGAUGACCUGCCCGGUGCCAGCUCGCGAGGCCCAUCUCCACGCUCUCUCCUGGUGGGCGAGAGCUCCUCCAGCGCACUCAACCCGGACCAGCUUGACGAACAACUACGCCGAUUGAGUCAGGAAAGUAACAGCUCGGAUGGGCAGGCUAGGCUUACCGUCGCUGGACAGCGUAUCUCCGAUUAUGAAAGAGCCCUGAGCCCCUCGAUUCCUCGACAGGCUCUAGGCUUCAAGAUUAUAAGACGGCAGGAAUCUCCGUCUGGCGGGGUUCAGCUUACAGAUUUCCCCAAUGAAAUUCUGACCCACAUCUUGUCACAUCUGCAUCCUGAUUCCCACGGAGCUGUCGCCCUGGUCUCGAAGAAGUUCUACGCGCUAGUCACAACGCCUCACGCAUGGCGUAUGGCAUUUUUGCGCUAUUUCCCCGGGCAGAGUGCAGUAAUCAGCUCGUCCAAGAAGGUUGGGCGAGAACCGUCCAGCCAGGGGGAUCCCGAUUUCGUGCGCUCCGAGUUCAGGUACUUCACUCGACUUACAUCACUUGCAUCGUGGCGUAGCGAAUAUCUCCUCCGCACGCGCCUGUUGCGGAGUGUUGCUCGGGGGAAGCCUGGUACAAGUUCGGGAAGCAUUGGCUCUUCGUCUAAAGCAACCCAGUCCGGCAAGAGGGCCAGUGCAGUAUUGACGUAUAAUUCAAAGCUCCCUUGGACGGUCUCAAACAUUCACGCCGUAUUCUCCGACGGGAAGAAACCGCCAAAGGUUGUCAGCGGUACCGCCGAUCUCGGUGUGGGCACCGUAAGCGACCCGACAACCGGAAGGGUUGAGAAAUGGGGUCUUGAUGACCCUUUCUCUUUCGCGCAACUCGAUGAGAUGUUCCCACACUUGGAAUCUUACGGCCUAGGGGACGGACCGGCGGCGAUGCCCAAUGUCAUUGAUGUCAGUCAGCCGUACGGAAUUCUAGGUGGGGAAGGCUUCCCAGGAGGCCGGGUCCAUUAUCGUGCCGUGAACGAGCUGCGGGGCCGCUAUCUCGGUCGGGACAGCGCCAUAAUCGACAUGAUCCCGGAGAUCCCAAAAAUCCCUGAGCUGUCAGAAGCCAUCUGUUCAGUUUGGAUAGCCAAAUCAUCCGCAGUUCCCUCGGUGACCCAGUCAAUGGCUGGCAUCAUGACGGGAUCGUCUCUCGGGAUCGUCACAACGUACGCUAUCGGGUCUGACUCGGCCGGCCCUCGUUACUCGAAUGGCGAUAUCACAGCUCGCUGGGCGCUGAGCCCAGGUGUGCCUAUCGUUGCGAUCAAGGUCGACGAUAAUUAUAGCGCGAAAAGAAGGGCACUUCGGCGAGUUUGGGCUGUCGCCCUGAACGCACUGGGAGAGGUCUUUUACCUUCGAGACCCCCCAACGCCACCGGCCAGUAGAGCGAAGGAUGACGACAUGACUCGAAUUGCUUGGAUGUCGGGUCGGUCUGUCUCUUGGGAGCUUAUCGAGCCUACUCGCCGUAAAGCACGACCGGAUGAUUUCGACAAGAAUGCCAUUCGCGGCGCCUAUUCGCCAAGAUCCCCGUCCAAUGCGAUGAACUUGAGCAAGGAGCAGAUCAUCGCGGAAGCUCGAGAGAUUGAGAAAUUCCUGCGACACAAGCCUGCUCAUUUCAGGAAAGUGUGUGACGGAUGGGACAUGCGAAGGAAACUAGAAGUGGACUUCGCUGGGGGUGACGAAGAUGGUGCCGGGGAGAAUAUCCUCGUCAUGACCUGUGGCCACGAAAAGGGCGAGCCGAUUGGCAUCCGCCGAUACUGCAGGCAUAUUGUCGAAGCAGGUACUGAGGCUCUCGAGGCUCCCGAGGUUCCGGAGAGCCCCGAGACUCAUAUACCUAUUCCGCAUCCUGGCCCACAGGGAUCGUCGAUAUUUGGCGGUCCUCAAUGUCCCGAAGUUGCGAGUUUUCCUGCAAAGCGCGGGUUCAAGCGUUCGCGGGCUCCCCGUCCGCCUAUCGUCUAUGGCAUCCCCGAUACAACAUCAACCGUUGACGUAGUGCAAGAUUGGCGUAUCACGACUUUUGUCAUGAAGCACGACGCCAAUGCGGAGAUCACAGCGAGUGGCCUAGAUCUGACCACCUUUGCCCUGAUGGCCCCCUUUGAAGAUCCCCUACAGAUGAGUCCGCCAGGAAUGACCCAAAACGGUGCAGGUACUCCCACCACGGCAAACUCGAGUGGGGAAAUUCCUGGAAGGCGCUCGCGACUGUUUGCGGUUGGCACCAGUUGUGGGCUCGUCUCCGUUUGGAAUCUCCGAAUCAGCGAGAAAUUGCACGACGUACAGCCGUUGAGGACCAUUCAGACCGAAUCCCCUCAAAUAUCCUGCCUCGCCUUGUCAGCCUUAUACGUGGUCCACGGCGGUAGUGAUGGCAUGGUCCAGAUCUGGGAUCCGCUGGCGUCCACCAUGGAGCCCAUAAGAACUCUCAGUUCCCGGUCUUCCGGUCGCGUACCUCGCCAUAUCAUCAACGCAAACCCGGCUUUGAGGCACGCCAAUUGCUCCGCCGUGGGCGCCAUCUUCCUGGACCCUAGUCCAACCGUGUUGAGGGGUGUUCUCUCGUUCGGAACCUUCCUGCGCUACUGGACUUACAGCUCCACGAAUCCGCACCCGGGUCACAAACGGCGGCUCCGACAUUCCGACAUUCAUGGCCGACUCGCCACACGUCGUCACGGUGGUGCCGUCUCGAACUACAUCGCCGCCGAGGCAGCAGAACUGCGCCGCGAGCAGGAACAUCGGAUCCGAGAACAAGCCCGGCUUCGGAGCCGGUUUGGAGUCGGUCUUAACGACUUGACUGAAGAGGAGGCGAUAAGAUAUGCCGAGAUGGUCUCGCAAGAAUCAUUUAUGCUUGACGAGCACCGUCGCCUUAGCGCCAGUGACACAGGCUCGGCAGCGGACAUGGGUGAGACCGCCUCGUCUACAGGCAGUAGUAUGUCGACUGAUACCGUCACUUCCGAACCAAGCGUUUCAGGCCUCAGUCCGCCAACGCCAAGUCUCCCAGUUCUCCAGGAGGAGACAGACGACGAUUACGAGGCUCAAAUUCAGAGAGCCAUUCGUCUGUCCCUCAUGGAGGGCGUGAAUGACAUGGGACAAUCCCCUCGCGGGAAUAGCCCGGCCGAGUUUGAUAUCCAAAUCAAGGUCAAGGAUAAGAAGAAGGGCAAGAGAUCCUCGUCGGCCUCGCCGUCUGAGAGUCAGGCUCAUACUCCCAUGGUCCAAUUCGGCGAGCCAAGCGGAUACCUGGGAGCAGCGUCCUCCAGCCCUGGGUUUGACCCGGACGAAGACCUCGAGCUCGCUAUACGCUUGAGUUUGGAAGAGGAAGAGACUAGGCAGGCCAGGGCAAAUGAGCGAGCUGCUAAGGGUGAGGAAUUCCCGCCGUUGAUGAGGGUAGGGAAAGGCAAGGGGAAGGCGAGAGAGGAAUGA